GAACUAUCCUAUGAACAGUCCUGUAUAUUUUCUCAAUUCAUUUGCCUUUGGCAAAAGUUUUUGUACACUGUCUGUCCUCCUGCAGCUCUCUCUCUCUCUCUCUCUUUCUCUCUCUUUUUAAAGGAUUUCAGCUUCAUUUAUUGCUUAAUUUCAUUUUUUUUUCUUUUUCUUAAGGUUCUCUUAAAGGCUAUUUUCUACUCCUAUUUCAGUGCUCUGAUUUAAAAACAGCAUCUAAAGGGUUGUGUCUCUUUUCAUAUUUAAAUGUCCAUAUUCACUGCGAGGACUGAGUAACAUUUUUGGAUAUGAAAUAGAUCAAUGAAAGUUGUUUAACUUAUUCUGAUAUUAUUCUGACGUAAGCAAAAUAAACUCUGACGACAGCAGUUGCUUUCAUCUGACUAGGAAUAGUCUACUGAAUGUUAGUCGACGAGAAGAGGCUUAGUCGACUAACAUUUUAUUAGUUUGUAAGUCACAGAAAAGAAAUGGUCCAUGUCCAUGAUGGAAAGAUCAAUAACAACUGGUCCUUGAGGUAAUUACUGUAUAUUAGGCAGGAAAUCAAUUUGCCUAUCCUUCAUUAAUCUCAUAUAUGGCUUAUCAAUUGGAAGUAAGUAGUGGCAGUUUUACAGGGCCACUCACUCUAACAUUAAUAAAGCGAAAUGUGCGCUAUUAGGGUGCAUUUCUGAGUGCUUGUGCAGAUUGUGGAAGCUAUUAAUAUGUCUACUGCAUGACAUGAAGGUGUCGGCGCUAUUACUGGCAUUUUUCCUGAAAACAGUUGAGACAAAUGUCAUAAUUUUUGACCAUGCAGAUAAGAGGAAAACAUCAUUAGAAACUAAAGAAUCUACUUUUAUUUGUGUACUUACAAUAUCAACAAAAGGUUGUGCUUUUGUAAAAUAAAGAAAAUGGCUAGGGCUGUAGUAUUUUUGUGGCUUUAAGUGUUCCUACCUACUUUUGAUUUCUCCAUCCAAAAUAUGGCAAAUUCUGCGUCAUAAAGUAAAUUCCGCUUUUAUGACUGGAUUCCAUGAUUCCAUCUGCAUUUUUUACCUCGUGGGAAUUUAGCACUAUAAUUAUCGGAUUACAUGAUUAAUCGUUAGAAUAAUCGACUGAUUACUUGAUUACCAAAAUAAUUGUUAGUGACAAGCAUAAACACAACAACAUUCAAAACAAGCCCACGAAAACACAAUCAAGAUGAAAUGCAAAUGGAGCUUAAAAAUGCAACUUAAUUACCAGGCACAUGAAAAGCACACACAAGAAGAAAUGCGCUGGAUUGUGUCCUGGCGUUCAUAAAAGAAACAUUUUCUAAGGUUACAAUAGACUAAAACUGCAAGUUAAUGGGUACUAUUAAAGCACCUCUCAGUCUUACCAGUAUUUUAGAAUGUACUUUUAGAAACAAUAGCUUGCACAAAGCAUUCAGGUUUAUUCUGUGUGCUAGAACAGUAAUCCGGCAGCAGAAAACUCUCACUCAGCAAUAGAAGAACAGUGGGGAUGCUGAAGAUUUUUUCAGGAGACAUUGGCUAGUCGAGGGAGGGGCACUUGGUUUUCUAAAAUCCUAGUAUGUCUUCCUGUAGGCUUUUUCUCAUUGAGCUCAGGUACUCCUCCAUCUCCAAAUGCCAUCCUUCUUGGGAGCGCUUCUGGCCUCAGUGACUGUCCACACCUUUUCCUUAUAUUUUUAUUCUUUAGUCCAUAUUUUUUGAUGUUCCUUCAGGACUUCAGUCACUACUGUCUUCCCACACUUGGCUGACUGUGACCUGAUGGCACUGAAAGAGAAGAGUGAAGUACUGAAUGAAAUGGAAGAGAAAGAUCAUGAUUUCAUAAAUGGAGAAACAUCUUUUACUUGUUCACAGACUGAAAAGACUUCCUCAAGAAAAAGGGCUCAAAAGACAGAAAGAAAACGUUAUUUCACCUGCGAACAGUGUGGAAGAAGUUUCAUUAGAAAAGAAAGCCUUAACAGACACAUGAGAGUUCAUACUGGAGAGAAGCCUCACACCUGCUCUUUUUGUAAAAAGAGUUUUGAUCAACAUGAAAAUCUUGAAGUCCACAUGAGAACUCAUAGAAAGAAACUGUACACAUGCUCUCAGUGUGGAAAGAGUUUCGGUCAAAAACGACACUUUGAAGGCCAUAUGAGAAUUCACUCUGAAAAGCAACCCUACACAUGCCCUCAGUGCGGAAAGAGAUUUAAACAUAAAGGACGCUUUGAAGACCACAUAAGAAUUCACACUGGAGAGAAGCCUUUCACCUGCCAACAAUGUGAAAGAAGUUUCAACCAAAAAGGAAACCUUGACAGGCACAUGAGUGUUCACACUGGAGAAAAGCCAUACAACUGCCAACAGUGUGGAAGAAAUUUCAACCGGAAAGAAAAUCUUAACUCCCACCUGACCGUUCACACUAGAAAGAGUCUUUUCACCUGCCAACAAUGUGGAAUAAGUUUCACUCAAAAAGAAGGCUUUAACAGACACAUGAGAAUUCACAAUGUAGAACAGCUUUACUCAUGUGAUCAGUGUGGAGAUAGUUUUGAUCAACAUGGAAGCCUUGAAGUCCACAUGAGAACUCAUAGAGAGAGACCCUACACAUGCUCAGAGUGUGGAAAGACUUUCUGUCAAAAACAACACUUUGAACACCACAUGAGAAUUCACACUGGAGAGCAACCUUACACAUGCCCUCAGUGCGGAAAGAGGUUUAAUCAUAAACAACACUUGGAGGACCACAAAAGGAUUCACACUGGAGAGAAGCCUUUCACCUGCCAACAAUGUGGAAGAAGUUUCAACCAAAAAGGAAACCUUGACAGACACAUAAACCGUCACACUGGAGAGAAGCCGUUUAUAUGUGGUCACUGUGGAAAGAGUUUCAAAAAUAAAGCAGCAUUUAAACACCACAUGAGUUUUCACAUAUGAGACAACUGUAUUUUUACAUUAUCAGUCAGAGUCAUGUAAUAACACCAGAGAGAAGCCUUUGCUGUGCCAUCAAUGUGGAAAGACUUGCAGAAACAAGACAAACUUGAGGUUUACAGAAGCACCCCGGUAUAAUUCAAAAUAGCUGAACAGCGGAUUUGGGUUUGUUUACACCUGGGUUUAAAAUGUGUUUUGGUUGAUAGGCUCACAAAUAGACUGUCCCUGUAUCACUGUCUCUUUUGUCCACUUCUGUCCCCAUUCUGUCAAUGGGAGGGUAAAUGCUUGUGAUCUUUCAGUAUGUGGCAAUGUACAGAGAUUUAAAGAGCAGGUCAUAUGGUAUUUUAAAGUGUCCUAAUAUUGUGUUGGAGUCCCUUAUAACAGAUUUAAAUGCAUCUAAGGUCAGAAAACAUUGUAAUUUUCUUAGAAUAUA